UGUUUGUUUUUCUAACAGCUUAUUGUAGUUUUUAAAUGGACGGUUUCCAUAUGCAAUUAUGUGCAUUACAUGUCUAAGACAAACAGAAAUCGACUUUUUAAGACAAUUAGUUUUUACAGCAAAACAAAUCAAAAUAACUAACUGCGCUAAUAAAACCCUUUGUUCAAUAGCAUAAUAUAGACGGCAUAAGAGGAAGGAGGAGAGCAGUAUACAAUAACUGAGUAAUAGUAAUUAAUUAGAUGUUCCCCCUCAGGGCACAUGGUUCAUUUGCAUAUAAUUAUAUCCUUUUUUGUUUCUAGAUUUUCUAUAUAAGCUUGUCAGUUGACUUAGUUAAUAGUAAAUGCGUAAUAACAAAUUGACAAAGAGCAAAUAAAAACAUUAAAACAAAACAAUUAUCCAUUGUGUAAAUGAUAAUGUCAGGUGAUUAAUAGCGGGUAUUAAGUUUAUUAACAAAAGUGUCAAAGAUCAUUCUGUUUGGGUUAAAAGGCAAACUUUGAAAAGAAACUUCUGCGAAUGAGUGCAGUACAUAAAAAAGUAUACAAUACGUAAAAAAAACAAGACAUAAAAUAAAAAAAUAUGAAACUAACAUUUUACAUCCUUUAUUUGACAUUUUUUAAACUUUAUAAAAGUUGUUAUAUUCAAAGAGAAAACGAUGGUGAUUUUUUCACUGGACAAACAUGUAACACAACAAACUACAACUAUCCAUUUAAAACGGGAUGCAAAUGUAUGGAACAAAACAGUACAGUGCUUCCAAUAGCAGAUGUAAUGAAGUGUUUUAGUAAUGACGAACUCUUUAAAGAAUAUUCUCGAGAAAUCCACCCAGCUAUAAAUACACAAUCUAACACAAUACGACUGAAAUGUCAACUGAAAACUUUGAAACAGUUAAAAAUACACGACUGUGUCAAUGGCUGGCUUGACUUUCAUAAAGUUAAUAAAUCGAUACUGACAUUUAACGAAAGUGAAAUCACACUGGUAAAUCGUUGGCGUUGGGACAGUCUAAUUGUUGCAUUUGUAUAUCAAUGUUCAGCGGAUGAUAAAAACAACGUGUUAAUUGUAAAAUUUUCAGGAACGGGGCGAAAAUAUCCUCUACCAAAGGAUAUUUACAAGAUAUUGGAGAAAGUAAAGGCAAAAAAUGAACCAGCAGAGGAACCUUCUAAUUCUAAAGCUGCCAUAAUCGUUGGUGUAAUUUUUGCGAUUGUUGCAAUAAUUUCUAUUGUUAUUCUCAUUGUGUGUAUCAGGAAACGAAGACAAAAGAAAGAAGCAAUUGGUAAAGACGAAGAGUAUGAAGCACUAAGUGUGAAAUAUAAACCAGAUGUUUAUGCUGAACCAGCAAACAAACAAGAUGGCGGUGAAUACGAACUGCUUCAAAAAACAAAACAAUCUAACAAAGUUGAAGAGCAAGCAAAGACUGAAAAUGAAUACUUACAACCGGAGGAUUCUUUUACAAAUACAAAUGAUGACACUUAUGAAGAAAUGAAUAAGUCCGAUUAUAAGACACCAAGAAAAAGUGGAGAAAGUUCAAAUAAAACAGACAUUCAUAUACCAAGUCAGAAGUAUAAAACGCCAAAUAAUAAACCUAACUAUAUACCUAAGGAAUUGCCACAACACUUGCGCACAGAAAAAUUAUUGACACAUCAAAACUUCCACAAGACGACACCAGUGAAAACACCAGUAACACAAACAUCAGAAAAAUAUAAAGUUCCAAGCAACAAACCUUUGUAUGUUGACAACAAAAGCGAAAAUGAACAUUUAAUAGAAGAUGAGGUUGAACAAGAUUAUCAAAUACCUAGUAAUAUCCCAACAAGUGAAGAUGUUGACUAUCAGGUACCUAAAGCUCUCGAAGAAGAUCAUGAUUAUCAAGUACCUAAUAAUGCACCACUUUAUAGUAAUAUGUAAACCAAAACAUUAAACACGUAAAACAUUUUUAAAACGUUUUGCGUGGAAAUAAAAAGGAAAUAAAACAACCACAAAUGCACAUAUGUUUUUUUUAGUAAACAGAACUUUAUUGUAGCUAGUUUAUUUUAAUUUUAAUCAGAGUGAACUGCAACUAACAGUAUUAAAUUUCACUUUUUGAUUUAAGAUUUAACACAAACAUUUGGGAGGUUUUAGGAAAUGCACACAAUAUAAAAUCAGCUCGCAUUUUUUACAGUAAUUUGUUGUAAUACUUUUGCCACAUUCAACAAUAAUUAUUAUGUUAUACUUCCUUGUUUUUAGUAGCUCACAAAAUGAUAAUGUAUACUGUGUGUCAAUUCAAUGUUGGACAUAGUACAUACAUAAUAUUUAGUGUUAAUGUCAAAUAUUUAACUUGUAGCUCGUUUGCUUUCCCUUUUAAAAGUAAAAAUAUCAUUUUAGAGUUGUAGUAAAAUAGUUGGUAGAAUUACCACUGAUUUUUGAGAUGAGUAAAAAGUAAAAGAUGCAGUAUUCUUAGUAAACUAAUUUUGAAAGAAGGGGUGGGGGGGUUAAGGAAAAGAUAAUAUUUCCUUUAAAUCACUAGUCUGUGAAAGCGGAUUUCAUUCUUAGGUCUGUAAUGACAGGGUUGUCAUUCAAACUUUGUUAUCAGACCACCUUUGAACACAAUGCCUUUGACAAGAGUUUAAUAUUUUUAUCAAAGUAAACAUUAUUGUAAUUUUAAUUGUUUUUUAAAUGACGCUUCAUCCAUAUUCCAUAGGAUAUUUUUUAGAAAUAUACAAACAAAACUCAUAA